AUGGCGGAAUUUGUGCGAUCCCAGAUCUUCGGUACCACCUUUGAGAUCACCAGUCGGUAUACGGACCUACAGCCGGUAGGCAUGGGUGCCUUUGGCUUGGUCUGCUCAGCGCGAGACCAAUUGACUGGCCAGCCUGUGGCUGUCAAGAAGAUUAUGAAGCCUUUCAGUACGCCUGUCUUGUCGAAACGUACCUACCGAGAACUCAAGCUCCUCAAACAUCUCCGCCACGAGAAUAUUAUCAGUUUGAGCGACAUCUUUAUCUCUCCCCUUGAGGAUAUUUACUUUGUCACCGAGCUUUUGGGAACCGACCUCCACCGCCUCUUGACCUCUCGCCCUCUAGAAAAGCAGUUCAUUCAGUACUUUCUUUACCAAAUCCUCCGCGGAUUGAAAUAUGUGCACUCCGCUGGUGUGGUCCACCGUGACCUGAAGCCUAGCAACAUCCUAAUUAAUGAGAACUGUGAUCUCAAGAUCUGUGAUUUCGGUUUGGCCCGAAUUCAAGAUCCUCAGAUGACUGGUUAUGUUUCUACCCGUUACUACCGAGCUCCUGAAAUUAUGCUCACUUGGCAAAAGUACGAUGUGGAGGUUGAUAUCUGGAGCGCCGGCUGUAUUUUCGCUGAGAUGCUGGAGGGCAAGCCACUUUUCCCAGGAAAGGACCAUGUCAACCAAUUCUCUAUUAUCACCGAGCUCCUUGGUACUCCUCCAGAUGAUGUGAUCCAAACUAUCUGCAGCGAGAACACAUUGCGAUUCGUCAAGUCCUUACCAAAGCGCGAACGCCAAAAUCUUGCGAACAAGUUCCGAAACGCUGAUGCAGAUGCUGUGGACUUGCUCGAGAAGAUGCUCGUGUUUGACCCUAAGAAGCGAAUCCGGGCCGGAGAAGCGCUGGCGCACGAGUACCUCGCCCCCUACCACGAUCCUACGGACGAGCCUGUCGCCCAAGAAAAGUUUGAUUGGUCAUUUAAUGAUGCCGACCUGCCGGUGGAUACUUGGAAAAUCAUGAUGUACUCCGAAAUCCUUGACUUCCAUAACAUCGAACAAGGCACCGAGGCGGGCCAGGCUUUGGUUCCCGGUGCAGCGGCGGCGGCCGGCGUGCCACCUUUCGCAUAA